CUCUGUCCCACAACCACCAUGUCGCCAUCCCGAGGCUUCUUUUAUACAACACCAUGAUUCUAUUCCUCCAGAUCUGUGCCCUACAGCUAAUAUAAUGAAACAAUUCCCCCUCCUCCGCCGCCUCGGCCACCACCUCCGCCGACCGCACCUCCGCAACCCUCACGCCUCUCCGCAUCCACGACACACCUCCAAUUCCACCUCCACGUCUACCCACAAAUCCCGCAUCGACCGCAUAAAUGCCCGCCUCCCCCGCUUCCUCCACCCCUAUACCACCCCCCUCGCCUCUGCCCCGGCCUCCAUCGUCACCGCCUUCCUCGUCCUCCACGAACUCACGGCAGUCGUCCCGCUCUUCGCGCUUACGACGUUUUUUCAUUAUACGAACUACCUCCCGAGCUCGGUCGUGGACGGCGAGUGGGUCGCGAGUGGGAUCGAGAAGUUUGGCCGGUAUUUUAGGCGGAAGGGGUGGAUUGCCGACUCCACUGAGGAAAGAGAGCUUGAAAUAGCUGCGGCGGACCAUGCGAGGGAGGGAGAUGGGCGGGAUGGAGGAAAUAGGGUUGGGGAUGAGGGUGAGGGGAAGGGGAAGGGGGUUAGGAUUGUGGUCGAGGUGGCGACGGCGUAUGCGAUUACGAAGGCGCUGUUGCCAGUAAGGCUUGUGGGGAGUGUGUGGGCGACGCCGUGGUUUGCGAGGGUGGUUGUUGUGCCGGUGGUGGGGUUUGGGAGGAGGGUGUUUGGGAGGGGAUAGAUCAAUACAGCUGUCAGAGGAUUGUACUUUUUCUACGAGGAUUUUAAUGGGGUGAUUGGGAAGCUAGACGGCAGUGGAUGAACGUCUACAAGUUUGCUAAAGCACUAUGCUAACGGAGUAUACGCCUACUUACACACGCUGCGAAGAUAUGGUACAGUUUCAACGAUGAACAAAAGCAUUGCGGUAUCCAGCACCACUAAGCCGGCUUCGAUCUCCUCUUUGCACUUCUUUGAUUCAAUGUCUAUCCUCUGGAUGAUAAAGCCUCUCAUCCCCAUCACCUUCCACUUCCUUGAACGAACCCCCCUCUCGAGACCUAGAUCCGUAAGAUC